AUGCUGCAGCUCAACGAGGAUAUCUUACGACAGAUUGUUCUCUAUAUUCCUUCCCAGGAGCUUGACAGGAUCAAUAGUGCGAAUUCCAUCUUCUUUGAAGCAUGGAUGAAGCAACGCUAUGCCAAGCUCAGCUUCAGGGAGAGAGAUAAGGUCAUGAAGAAGCUCUUGCUACACCUCUCUGACGCAAACGUCGCCGCCUUCGUCAAGGAGGUCGAUGUCCAGCCGUGGCUUGUCCAACCCCGCGACAAGUCCCCUCGAAGCCUCACCGAGAAUGUCCUCGUUCGCGUUAGCAAGUUUGUUGACCCCGACUACACCAGGAAGGCGGUCCACCAACGCCUGCAGAAGCGACUGCGGAAGGACAUCGAGCGCGUCUCCUCCGCCUUCAGAGCAAUGACGAACGUGAAGACGUACACCAUCGACUGGGACGAGGAGAGCGGGUACCACCCGGAGCUUUAUUUCGCAUUUUUGACUCCGGUCUUGGAGAUGUGGUCCGCCCAGCUCCUCACACUUUCCAUCAAGGUUCCCUUGUCCAUGCUUCCCUCGCUCGCACGGGUCCGUAUGGAUAAGCUCGAGGCGCUCACGUAUACCUUCUCCACCGGUAUUCUUUCCACGGACGACAUCGACCACGCGCACGACGGCAUCGUCGUAUUCAUCAACAACCUCAAGGAUACUCUCUCCUCCCUCACGCUCAUCACUACCCCCACCUCAGAGAACCUCGACCUCAGCCGCAUAUUUGGGCGCUUGGGCACCUUCCCACAGCUUUCCGCUAUUUCCGUCUCGAUUCCAUUUGAUGGGGGUCACCUGCCGGACCCCGCCCCGUUCGUCCGGUUUGUGAACAGGCACCGCCACACCAUCCGCGAGUUCAGCUUGUCCUCCAACGGGAUCACCAGACAUAAUGGCAGCCAUCGCGAUUGCACGGAGUGGGUGCAGACGAUCAUGAGCACCCUCGACAAGCCUUUUCCCGUCCUCCGCAGCUUUGGGGUCGCGUUGCGCCCUAUGCGGGCUCCGUUGGACAACAUCGUCGAGUUCUUGGACGUGCACAGCGCCACGCUCGACUCCGUCUCGCUCACGGAUCGCGUGUUAAGCCCCAAGGAGCUCGCGCAAUUGUUCAAGACGCACGAAGAGCGUCGUGUUCUUUCCACCAGUCUCACGAGACUGCAGUUCAAGGUCGACAGGCUUACGCCCGAUAUCUUCGGCGCGCUGCCCGACCUUUUCCCUAACCUGGAGAACCUCCAGAUCGAGUGCAGCGGAGUUGAAGGUAACGCUGCCACCAGGGGAUACAAGCCCCAGUUCUCUGCUCAUCUCGAGCAGUACGAGGACAGGCUCAAAGCCUGGUCACUCAAGAACCUCACGCUCGGCCUUCCGAAAUUCACCUGGAUGUCGCUUUUUGAACAAGACCUCGUGAAAUUCUUCCCCAACAUCACACUCAACCCCGUCAUGUAA